AUGGUGGUUUAUCGGCAAGCUCUCUUGCUCGCAUUAACCGCAUUUCUUGGAAUCCAGUUACCUUUACUAACUGAAGCAGAUUGUCCAUUGGACUUGGCUUCAUCUAACUUCACGCUCGUGGCUUCCGUGUGCUCCAACAACACUGACAGAGCCAAAUGCUGCCGCUACAUGAACGCUUUCGUCGCAGUAUCCGUCUCCCGCUAUGCUAACCACACAACGGAUCUUGGAGUCACACCAGACUUGACUGAACUCUGCAUUAGCACCAUCUCCAGAACCAUGGAGCUCUACGGAAUCCCAAGAAAUGCAACUGCUUUCUGCGGACUAGGCACCAAGAUUCUUGUUAACUAUGACUGUGAGGGUCUGACCACUGUCACGCAAAUGCUUCACUCCCCAAAGUUUGGAGAUGUUUCCCAAAACUGCAAGCUCCCGCUUCCACCUGGAGAUCAGUGCAAGAACUGCUUGAACUCCGGUAUCACCUACCUUCGUAGUCUCGUGGAUGCAGGGAAUAGCAUCAAGCUGAGUACUUGCCGAGAUGCAACCUAUGCUGCAUUAGCUAGCCGCGUUGACAAUUCAUCGGCCCUUGAACUCGCUAGCUGCUUCUUUAAUGUUGCUGAGCUUAGCUCCGCUACAGAGUCGUCUCUGAGCCCGGAAGGUUCUCCAAGUCCAGAGGCAGCUGAUAGUCCAAGCAGCGAUGAUCUUGUUUUGCCUCCAAGAAGUCACCAUUCAUAUCACUUGACAGUGGUUCCGACUAUUGGGAUCGCUGUUACAGCUUUUGCUCUUAUGAUGCUCGCAGUUCUAAUAGUUCUUAUCCGAAGAAAAAAACGGGAACUUGAUGACUCCGAGAGCAUGGAUCGUAAUCCAGCGAAGACGUUUCCUUCUUCCCGCCCCAAUGUGAUGAUUCAUGAAGGUAAUUCAUUGGUUUUCCGGAAAUUCAGCUACAGGGAGAUGAGGAAAGCAACUGAAGAUUUCAACACGGUGAUUGGCCGUGGUGGCUUUGGGACUGUUCACAAAGCUGAUUUCAGUAAUGGUUUGGUUGCAGCUGUGAAAAAGAUGAACAAGAGCUCUGAACAAGCAGAGGAUGAAUUUUGCAGAGAGAUAGAGCUUCUCGCUAGGUUGCAUCACCGCCAUCUAGUUGCUUUGAAAGGUUUCUGUACUAGGAAGAACGAGAGGUUCCUUGUCUACGAGUACAUGGCAAAUGGGAGUUUGAAGGAUCAUCUACAUUCAGCCACUGAGAAACCUCCACUUAGCUGGGCAAUAAGGAUGAAAAUUGCAAUCGAUGUGGCUAACGCUCUGGAGUAUCUUCAUUUCUACUGUGACCCGCCUCUCUGCCAUAGAGACAUAAAGUCAAGCAACAUAUUACUUGACGACAACUUUGUUGCUAAGCUUGCAGAUUUUGGCCUUGCACAUGCUUCUAGAGAUGGCUCCAUUUGUUUUGAACCUAUUAAUACUGAUAUCCGUGGAACUCCAGGGUAUGUAGAUCCAGAGUACGUUGUAACACAAGAACUGACAGAGAAGAGCGACGUGUACAGCUAUGGAGUGGUGUUACUAGAGAUCAUAACAGGGAGAAGAGCUGUUGAUGAAGGUAGGAACCUAGUAGAAAUGUCUCUGCCGUUACUGGUAUCGGAAUCAAGACGCAUAGAUCUGGUGGAUCCGAGAAUCAAAGACUGCAUCGAUGGAGAACAGCUGGAGACAGUAGUGGCGGUUGUGAGAUGGUGCACAGAGAAAGAAGGCGUGGCUAGGCCAUCAAUCAAGCAAGUCCUGAGGCUGUUGUGUGAAAGCUGUGAUCCAUUGCAUCUCGGGCUUGCAUUGGCGGUUGAGGAAGACAAAGGACGGUCGUUGAGAGGUGACUCGGGGUUUCAAAGCGGUGACAUUAAGGGAUUGGCGUCUUCCUCUAGUACUACUUCAAGGUCGCAUUGUAGCCGGAGUUUUCUGCUUGAGACUGGCUCUCCUCACUCUCCACCUAAUGGUCUCUCUUUCUGA